GACCUGCGCAGUGUGUCCUGUUCCACGCGUCUCAGUGCGUUCACUCUUCAUGUGUUCAGACUUGUAGAGUAACUGUGUGGCGCCUACAGAGGCUGCAUGCGCAAACUAUGUGCGCUGACUGCCAAACUUCUUGCGGGGAUAAAGUUUUAGUAAACUCAGGCGGGACGACGAUGAUGACGAUGGCGUCGCAAACGAAGCCAGACGCGUGUCACCGAGGUGAAGGCGUCUGUUGUCAGAGAGGAUGCGGACUCCCGCUGUCCUCUGAAGACUCCGACAAAGUGGAGCAGCACUGCUGCGUGGACGCGCUCCGUGCCGUCACCGACGCGCUGGAGGAGAAAAGCGCCGCUUUGGAGCAUGAAUCCCGGAUGGCGAGGCUCAGGUGGAACAGGAGGGAGCAGUUCCUGUUGGCCCAGGUGUCCGCGCUACAGAACGAGGCGCAGCUCGCUGCCCUCAGGUACCAGCGCAGACUGCACCAGUACACGCUGCACAUCAACGGCAUCUCAGAGCAGCUCGUUGGAUACUGCAAGAGUGACUUAAAGACGGCCGCUGACAGCCACACAUCAGAAAAAGCAGCACCUGCAGAGGGGGAGUCAGCGGAGGGACAGCUCACCCCACCUGAGGUAAACGGAAAGGAGCUGUCCAAGUCCAACCAUGAGGAGACAGUGGAGGCCUUUUGCAGUGCCAAGGAACCCGUCGUGGUGCAGGUCAUCAGGCGGACCCCCAGCGGCAGACCCCAUGGCCCCCUUCAGGAAAUCCACGUGAUGGACGUGUGCACUCAGACCGACAUCACCUUCGAACACAUCAUGGCGCUGGCAAAGCUGCGCCCUUCGACCCCUCCCGUGCCUGACGUCUGUCCCUUCCUGCUCUCUGACAGCUGUCAUUCUCUUCAUACAAUGGACCAGGAUUACUAUGAAGGGACGGACUACCUCUCCCCCGUUCCUGCUGAUGGAGAGAGGACAGAAGAGUUUGAGUAUGAGGAAGUGGAACUGUAUCGACUCAACAGCCAAGAGAAGUUGGGCUUGACUCUGUGCUACAGGACGGACGAGGAGGAGGAUGUAGCCAUCUAUGUCAGCGAGAUCAGUCCAAACAGCAUCGCAGCCAAAGAUGGACGCAUCCGGGAGGGCGAUCGCAUCUUACAGAUUAAUGGCCAAGAUGUUCAGGACAGAGAAGAAGCAAUGGCUGCACUCUCCAGCGACGAGUGUCGGAACAUCGUACUGCUGGUUGCCAGACCUGAGAUGCAGCUGGAGGAGGCCUGGCUGGAUGAUGAGCACAGUGAGUUCCUGGAGCAGCUGAAGAUGGAAAUGUUGGAGGAGCAGCAGAGAGAGGAGAUGGAAUUAGCUGCCUUGCAGGAAGAACAGGAGAAUGAACAGACAGCCGAGGAUGAGAAGCCCACCUGCUCCACACUCCCUCAUCACAAGAACAGCGUGUUGAGUAUUAAAGACAGAAUGGAAAGCUCAGAAAAUAACGUCCUGGCGCACAUCCAGAGACGCCUGUCCCAGUGCCUGAGAGACAGUCGGGACACACAUUGUACCAUUGGCUCCACGCGGCUAGAGGACAAAGAGGACAAAGAGGACGAUGAUGAGAUGGAAGGCGAUCGAUUUCAGCAGCUCUUGGAGCUGAAGUGUCAGAUUCGUAACAGUGGUGAGUACGAUCUGUUCUACAGCCGCCGCAGCACCAUUGAGUGCAGCAAGGUGGAGCAGGGCGGCGUACAACACGAGCUGCGCAUGCUCAACGAGGAGCUGCGCAGCAUCGAGCUCGAAUGUCAGAACAUCAUGCAGGCCCACAAGCUUCGGAAAGGUCAGGAAACGGGCCGCUCUCCUCCCGCCACCAAAAACCAAAGCCUCCUCCAUGGCAACCCCACGCGGGGAAAGUUGACUGAUGUUAAUGAGAGGCUGGAGAAAUCAGACAAGGACAGCUCCAGUGCCUAUAACACAGCCGAGAGCUCACGCAGUACGCCUCUGGCAAUGGACCGCUCUCCGGAGCACUCACUCCAGAGGAUGGUGAGUCUCACCAACCAGAAGAACCUCUGUAGCAGCCUAGCCACUGCCCAUUCUCUUAGCCUAAGCCCUAUCCCAGCGUGCCAUGCUCCGGUCCCAGGCAAGAGCAGCAGCCCUGACCACAGCAAUCCAUCUGAGUCCGACCACACAACUCAGGCCGAGGACGCGAGCAGAGGGACAUUAAAAAGGACACAUGCUUGCCAGAUCCCCUAUUUCUCCCCGUCCCACAGUUCCCAGCAAAGACAGACAAACAUUCCAGCUCACGCCCGCCACUACCAGAGCUACAUGCAGCUGAUCCAGCAGCGCUCAGCUGUCGAGUACGCUCAGAGCCAGCUCAGCCUGCUCAGUGUGUGCAAAGAGCCUCAGACGCCCCUUCAUGAGCCCAAGAUGGAGUGGAAGGUCAAGAUCCGCAGCGACGGCACCCGCUACAUCACCAAGAGACCUGUGAGAGACAAGAUCCUGAAGGAGCGAGCCCUGAAGAUUAAAGAAGAGCGCAGCGGGGGGAUGACCACGGAUGACGACGCAAUGAGUGAAAUGAAGAUGGGGCGGUACUGGAGUAAAGAGGAAAGAAAGCAGCACCUGGUCAGAGCAAAAGAACAGAGGAAAAGACGGGAGUUCAUGCAGCGCAGUCGUCUGGAAAGUCUGAAGGAGAAUCCGCAGAGCAGCAGCGAGGGGCGCAAGGAAGUCAGCAUCAUCGAGCUCAGCCACAAGAAGAUGUUGAAGAAACGCAACAAGAAAAUCCUUGACAACUGGAUGACGAUCCAGGAGCUGAUGACUCACGGGACUAAAGCCCCAGAGGGAGCCAAGGUGCACAAUGCCUUCCUAUCAGUCACUACUGUAUAAAAAUAAAAACCACACAUUCUACCCCAUGCGGUAUAAUAUACUUGCCUCGUUCAAUGUGGCAUUUUUAAGAGGACAAUAGGAAUAUUUUUCACACUUUGUAAUCCAAAAAAAAGCAUUUUGUAAAGAAUUUAUCGGUGGUGUUUAUGACAUUUUCUUCACCUUUUUUCCCAGUCUUCUUUUUCAUAUCACUCUGUGGGGCGGGGGGGAACCCAACAAAAAACGUUUUUUCUAUAAAGUUACGACAAUAUAAUUAUUUUAUUACCUCACACUAGACAUGUAUCUUUUCAGACUUUUCAAUUCUAUUUUCAUAUU